AGGAGUCCGCAAACCAGCGGCAAAACGCAGACCACCAAGAAGCAAUCGCAGUCGCCACCAAACCCUAGCCGACGCUUCCCCAAUCAAAAAAAUCCUUCCUCGUCGACGACGCCUCCCCAACCGGCUUCCCGAUCCUUGGUGCCAUGUCUGGGACUCUUCGGCGGGAUCUGCCCCCCCGUGAUCUGCCGCCGGCGGACUGUACGCCUCCCACCUCUGAGGGUGGAUCUGGCGAAGGAGCUAAAGUUGAUCGUUGUAGCAAGACGAAGAAGCAGAUCGACCAUUUUUUGACCUCUUUAGAAGAAGAGGGAGUGGUGAUAGAUGACAAGAUAGCCGGUAUUGUUGAUGCUGAGAUAGCUAAAAUUAAAGCUGAAACUUCAAGGGAGGCAAUCAAUGAGUCAAAAAGAGGGGGAAUAACGAUGUGGUCUGCUGCUUUAACUUGUUGUGGCCUCGCAAUCUACACGGUUGCAACUAUUUCUGUUGGUUUCCUUAUGGGAGCAGAUUGGUUUGAGAGAGCCUUCCGUGAGGAAUAUGCUAGGAGAACUGGUUUCGUUAUUGGAGCACAUAGGAGAACGAAUGGUGAAGAUAAGUAGCUAGGGCCUGCAUAGCGUUGAAGGUCCACUCUAUUUAUGAUAUGUAAAACCAAGUAUGCAUGUAAUCAUGUAUGAUAGAACUGCUCUGUUCGGCUGGCUGUUUAUUACCUGAUGUUGAAGAAAAAUGCUAUUCUAUAAUUGAAAAAUAAGCUUGAUAAGCUCAA